GUUGCAGUACUGAUAGGCGGAGGUCUGUCCCCCGGGAGGCCGGGCUCGCCCUCCCGUAACGUUAAACCAAUUCCACUGAAUUUGUCGCAAAAUCUUCAGCAGAACCCAAACGAAGAGAAUAAGUUUAACAACAAGAACGACGACCAGAAGCUGAACGAAAUGUUCCGACAAAACAAUUCUGUGCUAACCGUCGACGGGGAGAAAUACUUAGCCCAAGACGUGGACCUCUCGUACAUCGAUGAGUUGGGAUCGGGUUCUUGUGGACACGUCGUGAAGAUGAGUCACAAGCCGUCCGGCAAAGUGGUGGCCGUGAAGCAAAUGCGGAGGAGUGGUAACAAAGAGGAGAACAAACGGAUUACAAUGGAUUUGGAUAUCCUGUUGGCCUGCCACGACUGUCCGAAUAUAGUCCAAUGCUAUGGAUAUUUCAUAAAAGAC